AUGGAGAAACUUGAACGCUUCCUGUCGCGGCCAACGGCGAAGCCAUACAAGACUCGCGAUAUUGAGGCUUCCGAGGAGGUCUAUCUCAAUGAAGAAGGUCUUCUUGAGUUCGGCCCCAACGACAUCGAGAACCCCAAGAACUGGUCCACCGCACGAAGAUGGUACAUCACUGUGGUCUCGGUCAUCUUGGUCGUGAACGCCACAUUCGCAUCCUCCAGCCCAUCCGGCACGCUCGAGUCGCUCUCAACUGACCUGCAUGUCUCCACCGAGGCUGGCGGACUCGUCAUCACUUUAUUCCUUCUAGGGUACUGCGCUGGUCCCCUGGUUUUCGCCCCGCUUUCGGAGUUCUUCGGUCGCAGAUACAUCUUCUAUAUCACCUUCACUCUGUAUCUGGCCUUCAACUUCCUCUGCGCCUUUACGCCUAACUUCGGUGGGCUCCUGGUGGGUCGAUUCUUGACGGGGACAUUUGCGAGUGCUCCUCUCUCCAACGCACCAGGUGUAUUGGCCGACAUUUGGGGACCUCUUGAGCGUGGAAAUGCAAUGGCUGCCUUUUCGAUGAUGACUUUCAUCGGUCCAGCACUUGGACCCGUCAUAUCAGGCUUUCUAGAAUUGAAGAAGGACUGGCGUUGGUGCUUCUACGUCCUUCUUUGGCUAGGUGGUAUCACCGAGCUACUAAUGUUCACAAUUCCAGAGACAUUGCCCGCAAUUGUGCUCCGCAACAAAGCCAAGCGCAUAAGAGCCUUGAAGAUUCCCGGGCAUGAACAUGUUAAGGCACCAGUUGAAGUGACGGACCGGACUCUUGCAGGCAUGUUCCACGUCUCUCUCACACGACCCUGGAAGAUUCUCAUUGACCCCAUUUCGUUCGCCGUCGCUGUCUAUCUCGCGGUCGUGUACGCCCUGCUGUACAUGCUCUUCACCAUCUAUCCCAUUGUUUUCCAACAACGGCGAGGCUGGAACUCCGGCGUUGGCGAACUGCCGCUCCUCGGGACUGCUAUCGGUGCAGUUAUUGGUGGAAGCAUCAUCUUUGCGAAUACAGCCAGGGACCGACGCAAGGCAGAAUCCGGCCACAAGGGCGUUCCGGAAGACCGCCUCCCUGUAGCAAUGCUUGGAGGCGUCAUGUUCCCCAUCACUAUGUUCUGGUUUGCCUGGUCUGGAGAGUAUAAUAGCGUCCACUGGAUCGUUCCCACUCUUGCUGGUGUCUUCCUCUCGACUUCCAUCCUACUGAUCUUCGUCGCAUAUCUCAACUAUCUGACGGACACAUACCUCAUGUACGCUGCGAGCGCGUUGGCAGCGAACACUGUCGUGCGUUCGGCUGCAGGAGCUGCCGCGCCAUUGUUUACGCAGUACAUGUUUGACGCUCUCGGUGUGGGCGGCGGCGGUUCGCUCAUCGCCGGAGUAGCCUGCCUGCUUGCACCCAUCCCAUUUGUCUUCUACAAGUACGGCGGGCCUAUCAGAGAACGAUCCAAGUUCGCUCCUACUGCGUCCAAAGCUCCCAAACCGAACACCCCCGAACCAACGGCCCUGGAUACAAAUAACUCGGAUGAGAAGAGUGAAACGGAAGGAGACAAUCUUGCAAAGCAUACUUUCAAAACGCAAUGA